AUGUACUUGGUGUCUUUCAGUUAUGCAGUCCGUCUUGCGGCGUUCCUCUUCUUCACGGCCACCGCUCUUGGGACGAAAGACAUAGCUUACAACCCGGAAUCGAAUUAUCGGCCUCAAAACGUCACGGAUCUCGCAUAUUGGCUGUAUGCCUGGACUGGAUCAUACUAUAACGGAACCGUAAACUUCCGACUGACUCCCCGGGACUGGGGCCAAGAUAAAAAAGAAGAUGAAGGCGAAACAGCAUGCGACAGAUUCACAGACCAGGUUCUCGAAUUCUCCUAUAAGACACUAGUAGCAAUCGUAAAGCCCAAUAAAGAGGACAGGGGGCGCAAUCCGGUCAUGUUUAUUGUCAACUCAUGGCCAGACGAAAACAUUGACCUCUGGCCACUGGGUGGUAACACGAACCCUUAUCCAGUGCAGAUCAACGAUGAUAUCUUCCACCUUGAAUCAAUCGAGUGCGUUCAAAAUAAGCCUGCGAUGUUGGAGAGAGCUAAUCCGAGCUUUGUAGACCACGGCAAAGAGGGUAUUCACCUUUUCGGGACCAGUAAUAGCCGGUCAGAGGGAAUACAGUUCAACAUGAGCCAGUGUGACAAUGCAACUGAGACCUGGUGGGGAGGCGACAUCCUGCGCGCCAGCAGCAGUUCCUGGAUCGAUCGAGUCCACCUUGUUGACCCAGUUCUCAAUGGCCGGUUUGACGACCAGGCUGCCUCAUGGACCCUGAACGGCGUCUUCAAGAUAAAUAAUGCCGGAUUGACGCUGCGCGGUCUGAUGAGCUUCUAUCGGGAGAACAACCAGACUGGAAACCCAUCGUUGGAUUUUCCAGAAGUAUGGUCUCAGGCGAUGCCGAGUCGAAUGGGUUUAUGA